UUCUCUCACUCUAAGAACUUCUCUAGACUUAGGUACAUACAUGGGAUAGUUAAAGGAACAAGGAAGCUGUAUAGAGAGAGAGAGGAGAGAGAGUAUGAAUGAAUUGCUUUUUCCUUUAUCUCUCUCACUGCCUUGAGUUAAAGUAGAACAAUAAGAAAUAAAUGGCGGCGAUGAAUAAAAGCAGCUCUGAUCUCAUAGAUGCAAAGCUUGAAGAGCAUCAACUUUGUGGAUCCAAACACUGCCCAAGUUGUGGACACAAACUUGAAGGAAAGCCGGAUUGGGUAGGUUUACCAGCUGGAGUGAAAUUUGAUCCAACUGAUCAAGAAUUGAUAGAACAUCUUGAAGCAAAAGUACAAGAGGGUAAAGACUCAAAAUCUCACCCAUUAAUUGAUGAGUUUAUACCCACCAUUGAAGGAGAAGAUGGAAUUUGUUAUACCCAUCCCGAGAAACUUCCAGGAGUCACGAGAGAUGGAUUAAGCAGACAUUUCUUCCAUAGACCAUCAAAGGCAUACACAACCGGUACAAGAAAGAGAAGAAAAAUUCAAACGGAAAGUGACCUACAAGGAGGAGAAACGCGGUGGCAUAAGACCGGCAAGACUAGACCGGUGAUGGUUAACGGUAAACAAAAAGGGUGCAAGAAAAUCUUGGUUUUGUAUACAAAUUUCGGCAAGAAUCGAAAACCGGAAAAAACAAACUGGGUAAUGCAUCAAUAUCAUCUUGGAUUACAUGAAGAAGAGAAAGAAGGUGAACUUGUUGUUUCCAAGAUUUUCUAUCAAACACAACCUAGACAAUGCAAUUACACAGAUAGGACUAGCGGCGGCGGUGGCGGCGGCAGCGGUAGUAUUGUCGGUGAAGGAAAUAUCAGUAUCAGUAGUAGUGAUGUUAACAUUAGUUGUACAUCGAAAGAAGUACUGAACCAGAAUCAAAGGGAUGAUUUGUCGGCGAUUGGGAUUGGGGCGGCGGUCUCCGGUUAUAGUCCCGUUGAUAUUCAGCAACUAAAAACCGAUCAGUUUGGAUUCAACCCAUUCAGAAAACCCUUUGAUGAGAUUGGUGUGGGAGAGACUUCGGUGGUAAGAGAAGCACCACAAGCAUCAGGCACGUGCGAAGAGCAUGACAUGCACGGGCAUCACGUGACCCAUGAACACCAUCACCACCAGCAACAGCAGCAGCAGUUGCACCAUCACCACCAUCAGAUGGCCACGACAGCCUUCCACGUCAGCAGACCUUCACAUCCAAUAUCCACCAUUGUAUCUCCUCCAACCUUCCAUCACACCUCCAUUAAUAUUCUUGAUGAUGACUCAUUCAAUGUCCAAAGGAUCAUGCUCCCAAAUGAUAACUUUCAGCAGCAACAACAACAACAACAUCAACAGCAGCAGCAACAACAACAACAUCAACAUCAUCAUAAGCUUGUUGGAAGGUCUGCUUCUGGACUGGAAGAACUCAUCAUGGGCUGCACUUCAUCUGAUAUUAAAGAGGAGUCAUCCAUCAGCAACCCCCAAGAAUCAGAUUGGUUGAAGUAUUCUAACUUCUGGCCAGACCCUGACAACCCGGAUCAUCAUGGGUAGGACCCAAAUCAGAAAAAGGAGAGAAAGAGCAAGAAAGAGAGAAAUAAGUAAAAAUAGAAUAAAAAAGAAUGCAGUUAUAGACAAGCAUCAUUAUCAUCAUCAUUAGUACUUGAAGAAGCCUUCUGGAGUUCUUUUUCAACAACAAGAUGCCAUGGAAACUAUCAACAAUCCUUCUCUUUUUAAGGCUCAAACCGAACUAACUGUUCAAACAUCCCAUGUUGGAAAGGGUGAGAAAGAAAAGAAAGAAGAGAGGAGAAAAGAUGGAGGAAUAAAGAAAGGAAAGGAAAAAGAAAAGAAGAAAAAGGCUGCAACUACCUCCUGACAAGUAGAAGGGGAACCAAUGAAGGAAAGCAGUAUCCUUCCUUCUUAAGCAAAUAUAUAUAUAUAUAUAUAUAGAAAUCAUCACCAUUAUGAUAUUACAGUUUAUAUAUACUAUAUAUACAUAUAUGAUAUAUUUUAUUUCUUUAUUUUUGGUUUGUUUGUAUAUCUUCUUGUAUUGUUUAUACAAGGCAGACAUGGUAGAUUGAGUCUGUUCAGAUUACAUAUUACAGAUUUCAUGUAUGUGUAAUUUUAUAAAUUCAACAUAGGACAUGGCCGGUACGUACUCUAUCGAGUAAAUAUGUUGAGAUUGCGAUGGAAUACGAAUGAAUGAAUUCCCAUUAUAGAAGCAAAUAUGUAUACAAUGACUUUCUCAUGCAUAUGUUAUCAUAUUAAUCUUCAAU